AUGACUCUGUCAAGCUUUCCGCCAGCGGGCCUUGCUUUGAAAGAUGCCCGGCUCCUCCUCGAUCAUUCCUACCUUCCAAUGGAGGCCGGUGUUGCCUUCACUGAAGACGGCAUGUGUCAAAUUGCUGCUUCUACCUAUAUGAAGGGCUCCACUGGAGACAUGAUAGACUGGUGGUUUGGAUGGAUUCACAACACAGAUCAGUAUAAGAUCUGGCACCCCCGAGACCACGUCUUCUCCGACUGGGAAGGUCCACGCACGAAUGAUAGCAACUAUAUUGGUGGCCACCACCUGGUUCAUGAGUACAUUGGUGGCGAGCUUCAUAAGCUGAAGAUUUCCUUCAAAUCCCCCAGCGAGUAUUUUGGCAACAGCUGGGAAGCUGCGUUUAAAGAGGCCGGAUACUCAACUGCAGUGUGUGGAAGAACAGGAGUUUGGAAUGACGAUACCGGGGAAGUUCUAUAUGUCGGCCAUUUGAUCCAUUUAAUCAAAAAUGAGCCCGAUGGUGUGAGAAUGCGGUCGCGGUUUUGGCUUGGAGAUGUGGAUGGAAUUACAGACCCGGAGGUGAGAAGGGCAAAUGUAUCUGAGGCUUUUGCCAUGGGUCUAUUACAGCACGCCACAGAAGAAAUGGCCAUCCUUGCUAGCGUUCUGCCAGAUAUGUACAACAAAUAUUCCAAGGGUGCACAGGGGAAGAUAUGA